UAUAAACUCCGAGAUUAUAGGCCAGGAUUCCAUACCAACUAGCUGCACAGAUUGGACUGCUCACCAAGGUAAACAAUUAGUGGCAUGCAUGUGUGCUGGUAGUGGUACUAGUACUAUGCAUCUGAUUAGUUCUGCGGUGUCACGUGUGCUUAACUACUCUUAUCACUUCUGUCUCGAUGUUGCACGAGCUAGGUCAGUGGCGACGUACGGAUCUCAUGGGCGACAUGGACGACUCCCUCAUGUUCAUGCAGUGGGCCGUGAGCACGCUGCAGCACCAGGAUGAAGUAGGAACCGACGGCGGCGGCGAGAGGAGCGCCUGCUUCCCGUGUCUCCAGGCGCUCCGCGAUUCCUCGGAGCUGGUGGAAGCACAGAACAGUACUAUGACCUCCAGCGACGACACCGGCGGCGGUGGGGGGAUCAUAAGCCCAGCCACCGAUGCGGCUGUGCACCAAGGCAGUUGGUCCCCGGCGUCCCCGACCUCGGGCGGGCCGUUCGCACCCAGCGGCGUGAGCAGCACAGGCAUCACCAACACCCUGUCCAUGAGCUGGAACUUCGGCGGUGUCUUGCCGUUGCCGCCGCCGCCGGUUCGCAGCGGUGGCGGGGGUAACCUGGCAGCUGGAGCGCCGCUUCGUUCCCGCGUGGCACAGCCGACGAGGGGGGCCUCCACAAAGGGCACGCCGCACGCGCAAGACCACAUCAUGGCGGAGCGGAAGCGCCGGGAGAAGAUCAACCAGCGCUUCAUCGAGCUCUCCGCCGUCAUCCCCGGCCUCAAGAAGAUGGACAAGGGGACGAUUCUUACCGACGCGACGAGAUACGUGAAGGAGCUCCAGGAGAGGGUCAGGUCGCUGGAGGCUGCCGGGGGAAACCACAAGAGCGUCGAGACCGCGGUGCUCGUCAGGAAGCCGUGCCGCCCUGUCGCGCCAGACGACGGCGAGGGCUCCGCACGGUUCCUCUUGGCGGCCGGGACGCCGGAAAUUAGGAGCCAGCUGCCGGAGAUCGAGGCAAAGCUCUCGGAGGACAACGUGAUGGUGAGGAUCCACUGUGAGAUGAAUGGAAAGGGCCUGUUCGCCAGGGUUCUUGCGGAGGUCGAGGAGCUCCACCUCCGCAUCGUCCAGAACAGUGUGAUGCCGUUCACGUCGUCCACCGUGAUCAUAACCACCAUGGCAAAGGUGGAGAAGGGUUUUACCAUCAACACAGAGGAGAUAGUAGAAAGACUCAACUAUGCACUGUACCAACUUAGCCUCAGCAACAGCAGUGGCAACAACAAUUAUUAAGGCUGGAGAAUGAAGAAACUAAAGAGUCUAGCUACAGCUUUGUAUAUAUAAUAUAUAGACAUAACAUAGGUCGUAUUUACAUAUAUACGUGCAACGACCAUCAAUCGAUCAAGGAAUCAUUUUUUUUCCUUUGCGAAAAAUCAGGUUA